AUGUGGCUUUUGGGAAAAGACCACCCGCUGGAUUUUUACAACAAAAUCUAUCACGAGUUCACCGGUCACAAAUACGUGGGAGUGUUCCAGAUGAUUACACCAUAUUUGAUGGUUCACGAUCCAGAAAUAAUCAACGACGUGUUGAUAAAAAACUUUUCGUCUUUCCCCGAUCGUGGCGUUUACUCGGAUUUCGUGGCCGAACCGUUGUCGAACCACCUGUUCUUCAUGGAAAAUCCUCAAAGGAAAAUAAUAAGAAACAAAUUGAGCCCCUCUUUCACGUUGGGAAAGCUCAAGAUGACGUACGAUCAGAUCAAGGAGUGCCGCGAUGAAUUAAUGAAAACCAUUGACAUAGAACUAAUUAAAAACGACAACGAAAUAGAAGUAAGGGACAUCAUAGGAAAAUAUUCGACCGACGUCAUCGGCACUUGCACUUUUGGACUAAAGCUAAACUCCAUAAAAGAUGACGAAACCCUAUUUCUUAAACAUGGCAAAACCUUAUUUGAACCUUAA